CACACAGGGCAGUUGAGCAAGGCGCCCUUUGCCCCUGGCAACCAAGCAGCGGUGCCGGCGUCCUGGCUGGUCGCGCCGCGCGGUUUCUGCCCCUCCAGCGGCUGGCUCAUCCGGAAAGUGGACAUCACAGCCGCGGGCGGGGGCACGAAGAUUACUUUUCCUGGCAAGGGCGACGAGCGGCCAGGGCUGCCGCCGGCCGACCUGCAGUUUGUGGUGGAGGAGGCGCCCCAUCCCCGGUUUAUGCGCCAGGGCGACGACCUGCACACCACGGUCCGUGUCCCGCUCGUCUCGGCGCUCUGCGGCGGCGACGCGUCCGCAUCCGUCGAGACCCUGGACGGCCGCACGCUGAAGUUCCCGCUGCCGGCCAUGACGAGCUUCACGGUGAAGAAGAUAAUUCAGGGGGAGGGCAUGCCCAUCAGCAAGCAGCCCGGCAAGAAGGGCAACCUCGUGGUGUCGAUAGAGGCCGCCUUCCCCAAGGGCCUCACGGCCGCGCAGAAGGCCGCUCUCAAGCAGGCGCUGCCGGCGACCGCGUGA